AUGUUUGAUGCCAUAGCUCCUCGAUACGAUGUGAUCAACACUGCCCUGUCCCUGGGAAUGCACUCGCUCUGGAGACGGAAGAUGGUGUCUUCCUUGGAGCUGAAGCCAGGCUUCAAAGUUCUUGACCUCGGGACCGGAACCGCCGACGUUGCACUAGCCAUAGCAAAGGAGCUGGCAAAGCAGGGAGGUAGCAAAAAUAUCGGGAAAGAAGCCGUGAUUGGACUAGAUCCAAGUCAGAACAUGCUGAGUCAUGGCCGAAAGAAAGUUCACAAAGCCGGCUUCAGUGACAAGGCGGUCAAAUUGAUACACGGCGACGCAUUAAAUCUGACCGCAAGUUUUGCAGAAGAAGCUAAUUUUGAUGCUGUGACUAUGGCGUUUGCGAUCAGAAACAUCCCAGACCGGUUGAGGGUGUUGCAGGAGAUCUUCAAGGUUCUCAAACAUGGCGGAAAGGUGGCGAUUCUAGAGCUAGGGGAGCCAACGUUCGCUCCUGCGCGCUGGUUUGUUCGCUACUGCGUGCCUUUCAUCGGGUCACUUCUUAGCGGUGGAGCAAGACGAGAGUAUGAGCAUCUAGAGAAGAGCGUCAUGGCCUUCGAUAGCAAGCGCUUUGCACAGCAGAUCUCUGACGCAGGUUUCCAACUCCAAUCGAUCACGGCGAUGAAUUUUGGGAGCGUAAAUCUCUUUGUCGCAACCAAAGCAGAGGCUGCGUGA